AUGAUGAGGAACGCAAAAGUUAAGAAUUCAAGAACGGGAAGUUUGGAAAGUUUUAGCGAUGGAGGAGGAUUAUUUGAUGUUGUUGUACGGCCAAUGUUGCAGAAAGGCCACGAGGGAGAAUUGUGCAGUUGGUUAAAAGAAAUGAGUCUAAUCCCUACAGUUUCCAACUGUCCCAAUUUGGAAUGUGAUGGACGUAGUUUAGUGUGGAAUCCCGCGAGAAUCAUAGACAAGUACAUUUGGUCUUGCCCUGGCUGUUUGAGGAAGCUGUCGAUAAGGGAAAAAUCCUUCUUUUUUGGAAUAAAAUGUGACCUGAAAAUGUGCCUUCAAUUGAUAUUAGGAUGGUGUCAAGAUAUUCCCUGCGAAAUUAUUGCUUCAUGCUUAGAUAUCAAGAAAUAUGUAGUUAAAAAAAUAUAUGAUCGAUGUGACGAACUUUCCGCAAUCUACAUGAAGAAACAUCCAGAGGAUUGGUUAUUAGGCGGUGAAGGUGCAAUAUUAAUAGUGGAUGAAUUUCCUGGUGGUUGUAUGAUGGAGCAUCAACCGGAUCUAAACUCUGCCAAAAAACGCAAUAAUAAUUCACAUACAAUAAUAUGCAUUGCAGAAGCGAAUGCUAUACCUCCUCGCAUAUGGUUGCAUAUGAUUGAAGCUGUACCAGAGCCACAAAAGAUUGACAAAUUACAACAGGGGGUCAACAAGUGUAACAUGGUAAAAGAAGCUUUAAAGGAAAUUGCGAAGCACACAGUACCAGGAAGUUAUAUAGUAGCAAAUGAUCGUGCUUCCUGCUGUAGUUACGAAUCUUUACAGAGUUUAAGGCAAUAUAAGAUUAUCAGUAUUGAACAAUUACAAAAAUUUGAUCCACCUGGUAAAAGUAAACUUCUUGAUAAUCUUGAAACAAUUUGGCAAAACGCCAUUGAAAUCUGUGAGGAAGUUCAAGAAGCUACGCACACUGUAGGCCAACAUAUCAUUGCUAGACACUUGUGGAGACAGAAAUUUGGAACAUCAAUCUCCACGGCUUUUCAAGAUAUGAUGAAUCAUAUUGCAGAACAUUAUCGAUUUUCUUAAGAUUAGGCAUAAAUAUUGAAAUCUCCUCUGGGUCGCAGCAGUAUAACAUCUCUCAUACAUGACAAAAUGCUCCUGCAAAUAACACUCGAUUUUUUAAUGAGCGUACAAGAUGGAUAUUGAUUGAGAAAUUAGAUCUUAUAUAUAUAUAUAUAAUUUUCACACAAAUUGCCUUAUAUAUAAA